AUGUCGGUGGUUCUCCUUCGUUGCUUCCUACAAGAUGUUCUGGGCCUUGGGAGGCUGAAAGACCGUGGGCUGUGGGGUGGGGAUGUCUGGAAGGUGCCCCUGGGCAAGCUGGUCAGGUGUUCUCUGAGGACCAACGCAGGCACCUUUGCAGGGAAUGGCCCACAGUUCUCCUGGGAUGAGACCCUAGACAGAAGAAUCUCAGAGAAGCUUCUGGAUCUGUAUAUCAGCAUCUCACAGCUCAUUGGCAGGAGUCACAACGGCUUUCCCACCAUAGUCUCCCGCCAGGAGUGGGGGGCUAGACCCCUGACCUGCAGGGCCCCCCUGAGCCCGCCCGUGGCCUUCCUCAUCGCGGAGCAGCUCACCGGGAUGCAGUGCCAGGAGCAGACCAUCUGCAGCGAGAUGCUGCGGGGCCUACAGUUCCAUUCUGUCCACACCAGAGGCCGGUGCGACGUAGCGUUCAACUUCCUGGUUGGGGACGAUGGCAGGGUGUACGAAGGUGUCGGCUGGAAUGUCCAGGGUUCGCACACCCAAGGCUACAACAACGUCUCCCUGGGCGUUGCCUUCUUUGGCAAUAAGAUAGGCAGCAGACCCAGCCCUGCUGCCUUAUCAGCUGCAGAGGGCCUGAUCUUCUAUGCCAUCCAGAAGGGUCACCUAUCACCCAGGUACAUUCAGCCACUUCUCUUGAAAGAAGAGACCUGCCUGGCCCCUCAGCACCCAGGGGUGUCCAGUAAAGCUUGCCCCGACAUCACCCCACGGUCUGCUUGGGAAGCCAGAGAGACACACUGCCCUCAAAUGAGCCUCCCAGCCAAAUACGUCAUCAUCAUCCACACUGCUGGGACCAGCUGCAAUGUGUCCAUGGACUGCCUGAUUAGCGUCAGAGACAUACAGUCCUUCCACAUGGACAAGCUAGAGUUUUGUGACAUUGGAUAUCACUUCCUGGUAGGCCAGGAUGGUGCAGUAUAUGAAGGCGUUGGCUGGAAUGUCCAAGGCUCCCACACCUAUGGAUACAACGACAUUGCUCUAGGAAUUGCCUUCAUAGGCAACUUUGUAGAAAAACCUCCGAAUGCGGCGUCCCUGGACGCAGCCCAGGAUCUGAUCCAGUGUGCCGUGGUCAAGGGGUACCUGGACCCCAACUACCUGCUGGUGGGCCACAGUGAUGUGGCUAACCUUCUGUCCCCUGGGCAGGCUUUGUACAACAUCAUCAAAACUUGGCCUCACUUCAAACACUGAGGGGGGCCCGCUCCUGAGGCUGCUCUCCCUGGCUGUACCCCACUGUUGGCACUUCUGCCCCAGGGUCACCAUCUGUGUCCCCUCUCCUACAAGCCCCACCUUUCUCAGGCUGAGGUGACCAUGUCCUCAUGCCAGUGCUUCUCAGCAUCCCCCAGGCUAUAAGCUGGGUACCCACAGCCCUCUGAGUCUCAGCCCAGUCCUCUCCCCUGGGCACCACAUGCUGGGCCUGGUGACAUGGUUGCCUGGUUCCCAUCAGACUUCUCUUUCUUUUGUAUGAGUCCCUCUGCCUGGUGUGCCUUCC